GGGGAGACCAAUGAGGGGACUUCUAUGAGGAAUCCCGACAGACCCACUCACCUCUCCCUCGUCAGUGCCCCUGAAGUAGAGGAUGACUCGCUGGAGCACAAGCGCCUUACCCGCAUCUCUGACCCAGAGAAGUGGGAGAUCAAACAGAUGAUUGCUGCUAAUGUACUUUCUAAAGAAGAGUUUCCAGACUUUGAUGAAGAGACUGGCAUUCUUCCUAAAGUAAAUGAUGAAGUAGAUGAGGACCUUGAGAUGGAACUGGUUGAGGAAGAGCCUCCCUUCCUGAGAGGGCACAGCAAGCAAAGCAUGGACAUGAACCCUAUUGAAAUUGUUAAGAACCCAGAUGGCUCGCUCUCUCAUGCAGCCAUGGUGCAGAGUGCCUUGGCCAAAGAAAGGCGGGAGCUCAAGCAAGCUCAGCGAGAAGCCGAGAUGGAUUCUAUUCCCAUGGGACUCAACAAACAUUGGGUUGAUCCUUUGCCUGAUAUGGAAGGCAGGCAGAUUGCUGCCAACAUGAGAGGUAUUGGGAUGAUGCCCAAUGACAUCCCCAAGUGGAAGAAGCAUGCCUUUGGGGGCAACAAAGCUUCUUAUGGAAAAAAGACCCAGAUGUCAAUCCUUGAGCAGAGAGAGAGCCUGCCCAUCUACAAACUGAAGGAGCAGCUAGUCCAGGCUGUCCAUGACAAUCAGAUCCUGAUUGGUAUUGGAGAGACAGGAUCUGGGAAGACAACACAGAUCACCCAGUACCUGGCAGAGGCGGGCUACACUUCCAGGGGCAAGAUUGGAUGUACCCAGCCCAGAAGAGUGGCAGCCAUGUCAGUGGCCAAAAGAGUGUCAGAGGAGUUUGGUUGUUGCUUAGGCCAAGAGGUGGGCUAUACCAUUCGAUUUGAGGACUGUACCAGCCCUGAAACAGUCAUCAAGUACAUGACAGAUGGGAUGUUGCUCCGAGAGUGCCUGAUUGACCCCGACCUCACACAGUAUGCGAUCAUCGUGUUGGAUGAGGCACAUGAGAGAACAAUUCACACUGAUGUGCUCUUUGGAUUGUUGAAGAAGACUGUUCAGAAACGGCAGGACAUGAAGCUGAUUGUCACCUCAGCUACCUUGGAUGCAGUGAAGUUUUCUCAGUACUUCUAUGAAGCUCCCAUCUUCACCAUCCCUGAUCGAACAUAUCCAGUGGAAAUACUGUACACAAAGGAACCUGAGGCAGAUUAUCUGGAUGCCAGCUUGAUCACCAUCAUGCAGAUCCAUUUAACAGAACCACCAGGUGACAUCCUGGUCUUUCUGACUGGUCAGGAGGAGAUCUACACUGCCUGUGAGAUCCUGUAUGAAAGAAUGAAAUCCCUGGGACCUGAUGUUCCAGAGUUGAUUAUCCUCCCAGUGUACUCUGCUCUUCCCAGUGAGAUGCAGACCCGAAUCUUUGACCCAGCUCCACUUGGCAGCAGAAAGGUCGUGAUUGCCACCAACAUUGCAGAGACAUCGCUGACUAUUGAUGGCAUCUACUAUGUGGUGGACCCUGGCUUUGUGAAGCAGAAAGUUUACAAUUCCAAGACAGGGAUCGACCAGCUCGUGGUGACUCCUAUUUCUCAGGCUCAGGCAAAGCAACGAGCUGGCAGAGCUGGAAGAACAGGCCCAGGGAAGUGUUACAGGCUGUACACAGAACGAGCCUACCGAGAUGAAAUGCUGACCAGCAAUGUGCCAGAAAUCCAGAGAACCAACUUAGCAAGCACAGUGCUCUCGCUCAAGGCCAUGGGCAUCAAUGACCUUCUGUCCUUUGACUUCAUGAAUGCCCCACCAAUGGAAACCUUGAUCACAGCCAUGGAGCAACUGUACACACUGGGGGCCCUGGAUGAUGAGGGCCUGCUUACUUGCCUGGGCCGCAGGAUGGCAGAAUUCCCGCUGGAACCAAUGCUGUGCAAAAUGCUGAUCAUGUCUGUGCAUCUGGGCUGCAGUGAGGAAAUGCUGACCAUUGUGUCCAUGCUGUCUGUGCAGAACGUUUUUUACAGGCCCAAGGAUAAACAAGCCCUUGCUGAUCAGAAGAAGGCCAAAUUCCACCAAACCGAAGGAGACCACCUCACCCUGUUGGCCGUGUACAAUUCUUGGAAGAACAACAAGUUUUCCAACCCAUGGUGCUAUGAGAACUUUAUCCAAGCUCGUUCUCUGCGCCGGGCCCAGGACAUUCGCAAGCAGAUGUUAGGCAUAAUGGACAGACACAAGCUGGAUGUGGUUUCCUGCGGUAAGUCCACAGUCCGAGUGCAGAAGGCCAUCUGCAGUGGAUUCUUCCAAAAUGCUGCCAAGAAAGACCCGCAGGAGGGUUACCGGACACUGAUUGACCAGCAAGUGGUCUACAUCCACCCUUCCAGUGCUCUCUUCAACAGACAGCCGGAAUGGGUGGUGUACCAUGAGCUGGUGCUGACCACAAAGGAGUACAUACGUGAGGUCACCACCAUCGACCCCCGGUGGCUUGUGGAGUUUGCUCCUGCCUUCUUCAAGGUCUCCGACCCAACGAAGUUAAGCAAGCAGAAGAAGCAGCAGCGCCUGGACCCCUUGUACAACCACUGUGAGGAGCCCAACGCCUGGAGAAUAUCCCGGGCUUUCCGGCAGCGCUGACAGGCAAGACUUGUUUGUCUU